CGGCUGGACCGGAAGUGGGAGAUGUGGAGGAAGAGGGGCUUAGCGGGAAAGAGGCCGAGGGGGGACCCCGGGAAGGAAGGGCGGACGGAGGGGCGAGGCUGAGCGGCGGAGAAGGGCCCCUCCGCCCCUCUUUCCCUCCCUACUUCCGGCUCGCGGUGCCGCCAUGAAGGUGAAGUUGAAAAAUGUUUUUGUCAUCUACUUCUUGGUGUCUCUGAGCGGUCUGAUGUAUGCGCUGCUGCAGCUGGGCCAGCCUUGUGACUGCACCCAGCACCUGAAGUCAGCCAGUGAUCUUAUCCAUGCCAAGGAGAAGAAGCUUGCCCAACUGCAGAAUGAACUGAAGCAGCUGCAACGGCAAGGAAAAGCACCAGAGCCAGCAGGGCAAGCAUUGCCUGUUAUCUAUGCUAUCACGCCCACAUACACUAGGCUGGUACAGAAGGCUGAGCUUGUGCGUCUUUCACAGACAUUCAUGCACAUAAAGAACUUGCACUGGAUUGUUGUUGAGGAUUCUCCAGUGAAAACCCAGCUGGUCUCAGAGCUGCUGGCCCAGAGCAACCUGCCUUUCACUCACCUCCAUGUGGAGACACCCAAGGAACACAAGCGGAAGGAGAGCGACCCUAACUGGCUGAAACCCCGGGGGGUAGAACAGCGGAACCUCGCACUGCAGUGGCUGCGGGAGAACCGUGAGCUCCAUGACAAGGGGACAGUGUACUUUGCUGAUGAUGACAACACUUACAGCCUUCGGCUCUUCGACGAAAUUCGUUCCACCAAACGGGUCUCAGUAUGGCCUGUUGGCCUGGUGGGUGGCCUCCGCUUUGAACGUCCGCUUGUGGAGAAUGGCAGAGUUGUGGGCUUCUACACAGCUUGGAAACCAAACCGACCUUUCCCGGUGGACAUGGCUGGCUUUGCUGUGGCCCUUCAGCUGCUGCUGGCUAACCGGGAGGCUCAUUUUGACUUGCUGGCUGAGCGUGGGUAUCUUGAGAGCAGCCUGCUGCAGUCACUGGUGUCUAUUGAGGAGCUGGAGCCCAAAGCUGAUAAUUGCACCAAGGUGCUUGUCUGGCACACCCGGACCGAGAAGCCCAAGAUGAAACAAGAAGAGCUCUUGCAGAAGCAGGGCCUUGGCUCUGACCCGAGCAUCGAAGUGUGAAUUGGCCCUCCAUCCAGCAAUUGCGAAGCAGGCGGCAUCUCUGUAGGGCACAAGAAGAGUGGGAUGGACUGGCCUAAGUGGAAUGGCCAUAGGCACCAGAGGUUUCCUCAUCCCUUUGUCCACAGACAUGGCACGCUGGAACUUCUAUUUAUUUAUUAAGGAUUAAGGUUGAGCUCCUUCCUGGUCCCAUGUGGGAGACAUGCUCUUCUUCCAACAAGAAGGGGAUUUUUCAUAAGUACUACUAUCCCCUUGCUGGGGACAUGCCUCCAUGUCAUUGCCACCACACACCCUGGUAACCUUUUAAAUAUUUCUUCCUUUAAUGCUGCUUCCUUCAACUGGAGAAAGAGUUCAGGAUGUAUGUCGGUGUCAUGGUUGGACAUGUGCUCGACUGCUGUCUCUUGAGAUGCAGUGCUUCAGGGAGGAGGAGGAAAAAAUGUAAGGGCCCAUCCCUGAAAUCCACCACUCCAUAGACGCCUUAGCUAAGGAAGCCAUAACACAGUGCUGUGACCAUGUGUGUAUUUGGCCUGUAGUUGGUGGGCUGAGGUAAACAUUUGGGGAAACAGUUGAGGGCAAUGGAAAAAAAGUGAUAGGAACUGUCCCACACCUCUUUGCUUACUUCCCAAACAUAUUUUCCUCCAUCAUUUGGCCAAAUGGAAGGCUUGAUCCUGGGGAGGAGCUGGUUCCUGUCCACAUGUUCUGUAAGCGUGUUUUGUGAUGCCUGUGCCCCAGCUGCAUGCCUCCGUGGCUGUUGUAGCAACAUGCUUGCUAACCGGUCAAUAAAGUUAUCUACUCCUGCUU